UGCAGGGACAAAAUGUGUACUUAGUUAAAACAAUCAGUUCCUAUGCUUUGUGAUAUUACUAACAUAAGAUAAGUAUGAAAUAGAUAAGUAUACCCUCAUAUCGUUUUCUAAAGUGUACGACAUCUAUAGGGAAUUUGCAUAACUAAUCUGGGAAAACAUUGGGAGCCAUUUUGUUACUCAGAGAAGCCAAGUGAGGUGUCUGAGUUUAACGGAAACAAUUGGGAAGUAAUUGGGAUAAAAUGGAUGGUAAUGAAUUGCAUGUAAAGAGAAGAAAUCAAGAUGUAUCCAAGAUGCAAUAAAGUGCCAUAAAAAUCACCCAAGCGUUUCCAGUGAAACCCACCGGUCCUUGGCUCUCUGCUACAGUUAAACUCAUAGCCUCCUCAGAACAGCAGUUAAAAAUUCAAGAUAUGUAUGCAGAAUAACAGUCUCAAGAUUUCCUGCAUCUACUAGACUCAAGACCUCCUGUAUACAGCCGUUGUACAAGUUAGUGAGGAUGCUCAUGAAAAUUGGAUUCACAUCUAUCAACCCAUCUUGCAAAAUAGUUCAAGGUCAAGAAGGAUAGAAGAACGGUGUGAAUGUUCGUGAGAAUCCGAUAGCAAGAGGAUAACCUAUGCAAUCACUGGAGAUCUCUGCUCUUUAAAGAAGCUCUUCGUGUCUACAGGCGUCGCCAAAGGCUAGUGAACUUUUGACUAAUAGGUACAAAUUUGAGUUUAAAGUUCCAUAUAGGUCAGUAGCCAAGUAAUAGUUGUAAUAAUGAGUGCUACUGAAGAAGCUGUAGGUGACAAACCUCAGGUAACUGAGGCUAGUGAGACAAUGAAGGGUGCUAGGAAAAAGGUUUUAACAGAAAAAGGUGAGUAUCAAAUAAUACAGCAUACAAAGAGGUUAUCAUCUGCUAGGCUAGCAUGGAGAAAGAUAUUAUCAGAGAUAUUAUCAAGUCUUGAUAGUGUUGUAAGUUUGGAUCAACUUAAUGUUUGUAAAAAGGCAGAAGAGUUACAAUUUAAAGAAGUUAUAAAUGCCUUUAACUUAUUAAUGGAAGUAGAUCCAAGUUCUCAGGAUGAAUUGUUACAGGAGUUAAAAAUUGAGAAUGAGGAGCACAAUAAUUGUAUGCAUAAAAUUGAGAGUAAAAUGCAUGAGUUAAAACAAGAAACAAAUUCAGUAAAUUCACAAAAUAGUAGAUCAUCAAAGCAUUCCCAUUCUACAAAGAGAUCUAUGCAUAAUGUUACACAGAAUGAAAGGUUACAGGCAGAAUUAGCUAAGCUACAAAUUGAGCUAAAGCAUUAUGAAAGGGAAACAGAGUUUCAAAUGAUCUUAAGAAAAUAUAAGAGGAUCUUGAAAGAAAAAGAAUAUGAGUACAAAAGAUUUCUUGCUAUGAGAAAUAGGCUUGCAUCUCAAGAAGAAAUAAAGAAAGCCAGUCUAGAAGACAUUCAGUUAGAAUUGUCUAAAAGUAAAGAUUUAGAUGAUAGUAAAGAACUUCAUCUUCAAAAAUAUUUUGAAUCUAUUGAUAAAUUUACAGAGAUUGAGAAAGUAAAUCCUAAUUUACCAAAACAAGAAAUGGCUGCUAAGGAUGUAUCAGGUAUGGGUGAAUUAGAGAUAGAGGUGUCCAAAUUAGAGAAUACUUUCUUAAAGGCAAGCCCAGAGCUUAAGCCACAGGCUAAGAGUUUUGAGCCAAAAAGAGAGUUUAAAGAUUUGAAUGCAUCAUUUGGGCAAGGUAGAUCAAGUCAAGUUAUAGACAUUAAUGUAUUUAAAGAUGUGGUAAAUAUUUUAUCAUCUAAAAGUAAAAGUGAAUUGCCUAAGCCAGAACCAGAAAUUUUCAGUGGAGAUUUAUUGGAGUUUCCAACCUGGCUUCAAACCUUUGAGAUUAUUAUAGAGUCAAGAGUUACAGAACCUGCAGAGAAACUUUUCUAUUUAGGUCACUAUACUAGCGGGGAAGCUAAGGAUGCUAUUAGAUGACUUCUACGC